CCUCUCUCCACCAGUGCCUGCAGGUGCCUCAGGGAAGCAGAGCUCAGAGCCUAACCUGCCCUCUGCCACCCACCCAGUCAGUCUCCGUCCAGCAGGUGCAGCUGGGAGGUCACCCUGGGCUUCUCCCCACCAGCAGGGAAGCAGAACCAUGCUGGGUCCCCUCGCCCUCCUGUGUGCCCUCCUGUUUCCAGGUGGCGUGGCAGCGAUCAGUCUGACUCAGCGGGCUGUGGUGGUGGAGCGCGUGGGUGGCUCGGCCACCCUGUCCUGCCAAGCCAGCGCCUACGUCCGCUACAUCCACUGGUACCUCCACCAGGAGGGGACUGCGCCCAAGAGGAUCCUCAUGCUGGACAUGUCAAGGUUAUCUGUGCAGAGGUAUGGGGGCUUGAAAGCGGACAAAAUCGAUGCCAAGAAAGGCAAGGAAAGCAACAGCUGUGAACUGUCAGUGAAGAAGCUGCAGAAGAGCGACGAGGGCGUGUACUACUGUGCUGCCUGGGAAGCUCACAGCCCCGGAUGGAUCAAGAUAUCUGCAGAAGGAACUAGGCUCAUAGUAACUCCUCCCGAUAAAAAUCCUGAUGAAGACACUUCUCCCAAGCCCACAAUUUUUCUUCCUUCAAUUGCUGAAGUAAACCUCCAUAAGGCUGGAACAUAUCUUUCUCUUCUUGAGGAUUUUUUCCCUGAUGUUAUCGAGAUAGAUUGGAAAGAACAGGAUGGCAAAACAAUUCUGACGUCCCAACAGGGAAACACCAUGAAGACUAAGGACACAUACAUGAAAUACACCUGGCUGACCGUGAGUGAAGAGUCAAUGGGCAAAGAACACAAAUGUAUCGUUAAACACGAGAAGAAUAAAAGAAGGUUUGAACAAGAGAUUCUGUUUCCUUCAAUAAACAAAGGUGUGGUGGAGGCAAGAGGAUCCGAAGUAGACCCACAGGGGCAUUCGGAGACAAGGCGAAACACAGGGGUGGUCACUGUGAGCCCUUUGAGUUCACUGUCCUCCUCACCGGUUUCAAGGGCUGCGGAGCUCGCUGCUGUUAACUACACAAAAGCUUCUCUGAAAGAUGAAAAUGACCCCCGACAGGUGCAGCUCGUGAACACCUCUGCCUACUACACCUACCUCCUCCUUGUCAUCAAGAGCAUGGUCUACACCAUCAUCAUCGCCAUCUGUCUGCUUGGGAGAUCAGCACUCUGUGACAAUGGGAAGAGUUCCUAACCCAUGGUGGCACCAAGGGUCCACUUCUCUCCAUUGGCUAUUGUCACUAGAAGAGUCUGCUGGAGAUAUAGCGGGGCUUUCUUUCUGCGUUUGGGUUAUUUCAGUUCGCACGUUUCUUUUUCUAUGUGUCAUCAUUGCAGAACAGGUUUACAAACCGCUAGGCAGACAGGAAAUGUCACUCUGCAUGGAGAACAAUUUCUGCCAUGACUCAGGGAUGGGGACGGGGGGCAUCCACGGGGGCUUCAGUACCUCUCUAUCCUUCACGUCCGCCAGCUCGUCAGCAGCGCAGCACCCUCGCCUCUGAGUACACUUGGCGUGCAGCUUCCAUAGAGCUCCAGGGGCUCUGUAUCCAGAUAACUGCCUGGAGGCCUUUUCUUUUACAUACAUGGAAGCUGCCAUCUUUGCCACCUGAGUUUUGUUAUGUUUUUCACAAUAGGCACAAUAAAAACAAUCACAAGUCUA